AUGCAACUGUCAGCAUUUGUUGUACCACUCAUCUGCGAUUCGCUACAGAGCCAAUCCAUUGUACAUGCCAGUGUUAGUCAUGCACACUUAAGGGAACUCGAACUUGCUGACUACUCCACAGGUGAAGAUGAUAUAAUGGUAGACAUAUUAGUUGGAUCAGACUGGUAUUGGAAAUUAGUCUCUCGGAAGGUGCUACGGGGGGAGGACGGUCCCACUGCAAUUCAGACAAGGAUUGGGUGGGUCCUCUCAGGACCAACAAAUGGAGCAAUGCAAAAUGACCAACAGCAGAACAACUUUGUGACAACGCAUGUCCUAAAGACGGCAACAAAACCUGUGGACAUUACAAAUGAGAGCCUUGAUGGAACCCUGCAGAGGUUCUGGGACCUAGAGUCAUUGGGUGUCAGAUCAAGAUCUGUGUAUGAAGAAUUUGAAGAGAGGAUAACCUUUGAGAAUGAUCGAUACGUAGUGCAUUUGCCAUGGAAGCUGCCACACCCAAUUCUUCCUGAUAACUACGAACUGAGCAUAAAGCGGUUGAUUAUAAGACGAGAUAAGGCAACAACCAAGUUAAGAGUCGUAUAUGACGCCUCAGCUAGAUUUAAUGGUGUAGCCCAGAACGAUUAUCUGUACACAAGACCACCCCUUGCAGAGAACAUUUUUGACAUUCUCCUGAGAUUUCGAGCUGGCAGAAUAGCACUUACUGGUGAUGUGGAGAAGGCAUUCCUUAUUGUUGGCAUUGCAGAGGAAGACAGAGAUGUGCUAAGGUUUUUGUGGGUGGAUGACAUUGAGAAGAAGAACCCAGAGAUCGUGGUGCUAAGGUUCACCAGAGUUGUCUUCGGAGUAUGUUCUAGUCCAUUUCCACUCAAUGCAACCUUGAAACAUCACAUUGAAAGAUACAAGAAUGAGGACCCAGAGUUUGUAGACCAAUUCCUUUGCUCCAUCUAUGUGGAUGACUUGAGUUCUGGAACCGCGGAUAACAAUGCAGCAUAUGAACUGUACCUCAAGUGCAAACUCAGACUUGCUGAAGGAGGAUUUAACCUGAGGAAAUUUAUGUCGAAUUCAAGUCAGCUAACCGAGCGAAUUCAGCAGAAUGAAGCACGUAUCUCAGCUCCUGCCAUAUCUGCCAACACUGAUCACAUGAAGUCACCUUCAGACCUUUCCAAGGAAGAUUCUGUAAUCGAAGAAGACAAGACUUAUGCAAAGAGCAUGGUGGGAACUACGAAGGAGACAUCUGGUGCAGAACAAAAGGUACUUAGUGCGCGAUGGAAUUUUGUCAGUGACCAUUUUGUGCUCGAUUUGGGGGAGAUAGUAACCCCUGCAAGGAACAUUGAACCUACUGAGAGAAAUGUUGUAAGUGUCACAGUAAAGUUCUAUGAUCCAAUUGGAUUCCUGUCGCUCAUCAUUACAGAGUUCAAGAUAUUCUUUCAAGAAGGUUGUAAGGCAAAGAUCGGCUGGGACGAACCUCUAGAAGGAGAAUUGAAGAACGAGUGGUUGAAGCUGGCCGCUGGAUUGCAAUAUGUGAGCUCAUUCACAGUUUUAAGAUGUUAUUUCCAAGAAGUCACAGAGAAGAUUGUUUCUUGUAGUCUUUAUGGAUUUGGAGAUGCAUCCAGCAAAGCCUAUGCAGCAGUGAUAUACCUACAUGUCACAACAGCCACGGGAAGUUAUGUCAAAUUCUUAGCCUCGCGAUCCAGAGUUGCUCCAGUGAAACAAGAGACAAUCCCGAGACUAAAAUUUCUUGCCGCCUUAAUAUUGGCGAGACUGAUAAGCCACGUCGGAGAAGCCUUAAAGCCUGAAUUGUAUAUAAUUAACCUGUCUUGCUGGACUGAUUCAAAGGUAGCACUAGCUUGGAUCAAGGGUGAAAGGAGAGAAUGGAAACCAUUCGUCCAAAACCGGGUGAAUGAAAUUAGAACAUUUGUGCCAGUGAACAGCUGGAGGCAUUGCCGUGGAAGGAACAAUCCAACUGAUAUACCCCCAAGGGGGUUGAGCCCGUCAGAACUGUUAGUGUGUGCGUUAUGGAUUGAAGUGCCCACCUGGCUGAGUGGUAAUGCAGAAACAGGAAGCGAGGAGUUUGACACUGGACAACUUCCACAAGAAUGCUUAGAAGAGAUGAAGGCUAGAGACAAGGAAGAGUGGAAAUCUGAGACCUCCUCCUCAUUGCUAGUAGUGGCAGAAACCAUUAGUAUUGCUAACAUUGAGGAACUGACAAGUCAAGAUAUAGCAGUAGCAGAAAAACUCUGGAUCAAGGAAAUACAGAAGUCUUUGAGCAAGAACUCCAAGUUUGAAAUUUGGAAAAGACAGUUUGGCAUAUUCACAGAUGAACAUGGAAUCAUGAGAUGCACGGGUCGUUUGUCACAGGCACAGUUACCCGCAUCGGCAAAGUACCCAAUUUUGCUGGACAAGAGUCACUACAUCACAUCCCUCUUUGUUAGAGAUAGCCACAAGCGAGUGAUGCAUGGUGUUGUGAAGUCAACCCUUACCGAACUGAGAGCAAGAUUUUGGAUAGUGCAGGGUAGGCAGUUCGUCAGGAAGCUGUUGUAUGAGUGUGUUGUAUGUCGAAGACUUGAAGGAGGACCAUGCGUGGCACCUCCUCCACCACCACUUCCAGAGUUCAGAGUAAAGGAGGAACCACCAUUUACUUAUGUCGGAAUUGACUUUGUCGGACCCCUCUAUGUAAAGAGCCUUAACAGUCCUCAGCAGAAGGUUUGGAUCUGCCUUUACACGUGCUGCGUCACUAGAGCCAUCCAUUUGGAUCUUGUACCAGAUCUAACAACUAAUGCGUUCCUGAGAAGCUUUAGAAGAUUUACAGCGAGACGAGGAAGACUUUCAUUGGUGGUGACUGACAAUGGUAGAACGUUCAAACCUGCAGCCCGAGAAAUCACAAGAAUCUUUAACGACCCUGGAGUGAAGCAACAUUUGGCAAAGGAACAUAGGAAGUGGACAUUCAACCUUGAGAAGGCUCCCUGGUGGGGCGGAGUAUUUGAGAGGCUUGUGAAGUCAGUUAAGAGGUGCCUGAAGAAGACUAUCAGUGGAGCUAGACUUACUUAUGAGGAACUAUCGACUCACUCCAGUAACCGAGUCGUAUCCAUUGGAGAUGUGGUUAGUGUUCAUGACGAAGACCAGCCGAGAGGAAAAUGGCGCAUUGGAAAGGUUGAAGCGCUUGUCACGGGAUCUGAAGGUCGCGUCGGUGGAGCCGUUGUUCGAGUUAAAACUAAGGCAGGAAGACUCACUAAACUCAGACGUCCAGUACAACGUCUUUACCCCUUAGAAGUCCGUUGCAGAAAUGAAGAACCGGAAACAACUAUAUCUCCCGGGAGAGCAGAGCCUGACCUAGCUGUCAGAAGUAUGAGACCUGAACAACACCCUGAACUUAGACUUGACCGCCCGAGAAGGGUAGCCGCGACAGGAGCAGACCGAAGACGGAAGGCAUGGAUAGAGAAUUUGAACUAA